GAAGUCUGUGCUUCAAGUCAGUCUUCCUGAGGAGUGACUCCACCCUGAUCAGAAUCCCUCCUCUGAGGCUGUUACUGAGCCUCUGCAGAGUGGAGAAACCAUAUCUAAACUUCAAGAGUUUCAUAAAAAGACAGAUCCACUGAGAGACCAAUAGACUGAAUAGGAACCCCUUUCUAGAGGCCAGCCUUGCUGGCCAAGAACCCUCUUGAGCAUUAGUGCCAUCUCCAGUGCAGCAUGUUUCUCUCCGGAGACUCCGCUGUCCUUGUGUUUUGAGUUAAUUGGAACCUCUAAGACACGGCAGGGCAGACUCGCAGACUCCCGUCUACUCAUUUGCACUGGCUUCUUCGCGGUAUUCCCACUAUUGCUGUUGCUCUCCUGGGCCCGGUCCUCCGUGUCUCACCUCCCAGACCCCCACGCCACACUAAUCACUUCCAGCCACCAGGAUCUCUUUAAGAGCGUUUUAUUACAGGAGUUGGUGCAGAACAGGGGGCCAGGUUAGGAGACUGAGGUCUACUUGAGAUCAGGGAUCCUAGCACAAUCAGCCCUGGUCCUCCUCCUUGAAACUUUGCAAAUCUCCAGCUGUUGGGGCCAGGAAAAGCAGUUUUAUCGCCCAGGAGUUUAUGAGCUGGAGGGGAGGAGCUCAAGGCAGGAGACUGCGGACGGCACACAGAAUCCAGCAGAAUGGGACCAGUUUCGGUGUGCACUUGGCUGUGCCCUGCAACACGGCCCUAGUCUGGCGGACGGUUCUGCGGUUUUCUCUCUGCGCCUCUCUACUCUGUAGAAAUAAGGCUGCUGGGACGUCUAUGGGCUCCAGACCCUCCGUGGCCCUAGGGGAAAGAUAGGGGCACAGAAGGAGGGGCACACAGGACUCCAGCGCCGGGGGCGGGUCUGAGACAAGGGGGCCCGAAUUGGGAGCCGAGCGGGGGGCCCAGGCAGCUUCGGAGUAAAGCGCAGCGGGCUGCGGGACCACAAUAUCCCAUCCCGGUGGGCCAUGAAUUCGGGACGCCAGGCCCGGACACCCUUCAGCAUCGCAGACAUUCUAGGCCCGCGCACGGAGCCCCGAGCACCCUCUGCGCCACCGCUUCCAGAGCCCGGCCCGGGUCCCACGUCGCCCCUGGGCGCGCUGGAGGAGCUGACCAGUAAAACCUUCUGCGGACUGGAUGGGUGCGGCCCCCCGCAACCCUCUGAAGACAAGGCCGCCCCAGCCGUGCUGGGGCCUCCUUCCGCGGGCCGCAGACGGCGCAAGUCACGCACUGCGUUCAGCGCGCAGCAGGUGCUGGAGCUGGAGCGGCGAUUCGUCUUCCAGAAGUACUUAGCACCAUCAGAGCGCGACGGACUAGCUGCGCGACUCGGCCUGGCCAACGCGCAGGUUGUCACUUGGUUCCAGAACCGCCGUGCCAAGUUCAAGCGCGACGUGGAGGAGAUGCGCGCUGAUGUGGCCUCCCUACGCGCGUUGUCCCCUGGAGUUUUGUGCCGCCUAGCUCUGCCCAGUGGUGCUCAAAGCCCUGGCCGUCGCCCCACUGGGCCUGACUCCGGGACCCACCUGUCAGACGAAGAGAUACAGGUGGACGAUUGAAGGCAAAGCCA